GGGAAGAGACAGGCAGGGAGCUCAGGUUACCGCUGCCGCUGCCGCAUCGCUGCCUUCUCGCUCCGGAGACACAGACAGAUCAUGCACCGCCUGGCCGGGGAUGGCUGGGCUGCCGGGGGAUCAGGGGAGACUUCCCAAACUGGAGCCAGCACUUCCCAGUAGGAAGCUGCUCUUCCCUCGCUGCAGCAAUAUGGCCAGAGCCGCCGGAGGAUGCUCUGCAGGCGUCUGAGGUGAGGAGCUGCCCAUUUCUUUCCCGAACUCCAACUGCAGGCAUGUGCUAGAAGAGCACCGGGCUGCAGGUUUCUGUAGCCCACAUCGCUUGGGUCCCAGGCUCUAGUGCAAACCUCGUUUGGAUCGGCGCAGAGCCACGAAACACCGCACCAGUCAGUUUAAACAAACCACUCUCUGGGACACAAAGAAGCUGCCUCAACGUCAAAUACGUGACUCAUGGCCUCUCCAGCAAAAAGAUCGGUAACAGUUUCUGCGCUGGUGCAAGAGUCCCACAGGACGCAAAGAAGAUGAAGAUGGGAGGAACCUGUCUGUGUCUGCCAGUUGGGCAGCACCUGCGGGCGCUGGGACACAGGCUCUUUUCAAACAAAUGGAGAAACAUGAAGGAUUUCAGAAAACCCAGGCUGCUUUUUGGCCUCGUGGGCCUCAGCUGUCUUAGCUUCUGGGUUUUUUACAACAAUUUGACCGAAUUCUGUAUAUUCUGUGAAAACAGCCAAGACUACAUAUUUCCUGUGGAGACUUUCAGGAGAAUCAGAGGAAACUUCUCUCAGCUCCCAGAUAUAGACUGUCAUAAGAACCCGCCUUUUCUCGUCCUGCUUGUGACAUCCUCGUACCACCACAUCGAAGCCAGGAUGGCCAUCCGGCAAACCUGGGGGCAGGAGAGAACAGUUGCCGGCAAGCGUCUGGUGACAUAUUUCCUCCUAGGAGCCACUGUGAAUCUCAGCCAGCAGGCUGAUAUCACUGCUGAAAGCCAAAAGUACAAAGACAUCAUUCAAAAGAAUUUUACAGACACGUAUUAUAAUUUGACUUUGAAGACCAUGAUGGGAAUGGAAUGGAUUCACCGAUUUUGUUACCAGUCCAGCUUUGUGAUGAAAACCGACACAGAUGUGUUUGUUAAUGUUUUUUAUCUCACUGAGCUCCUUCUAAGGAAAAAGAGGACCACUAGAUUCUUCACAGGCUUUUUAAAACUGCACGAGUACCCCAUACGGGAAAGAGAGAGCAAGUGGUAUGUGAGUAGAGAAGAGUAUCCAGGAAAGACCUACCCGCCGUUUUGUUCCGGGACUGGCUAUGUUUUAUCCACCGACGUUGCUAGUCAGAUCUAUAAUGUUUCAGAGAGCGUUUCAUUCAUUAAAUUGGAGGAUGUGUUCAUAGGACUGUGCCUUGCCAAAUUAAAAAUUCGGCUGGAGGAGCUUCAUUCAAAGCAGACGUUUUUUCCAGAAAGGAUUACGUUCUCUGUUUCUCUCCUUAAGAAAAUCGUGAUGUGCCAUGAAGUAGACCCAUAUGAGCAGCUGAGCUACUGGAAUUACUUAGUGACAGAAAAUCGUGGAGGAGUGCUCUAGCACCUUCCCUUCUCGAAUUAACAAACUGAAAUGUUCCGUAUUUACAGGGCUGCUCUUGACUCUGGCAAAACUCCCAAUUAACUCCGUCACGUUAAAGAUUUUUUUAAUGGUUAUUUUAAUCUCUAUUUCUGCCCAAACCUCUUUCUCUCCCAUUCACUCCUACCUCUUUGCAUCCCUUCUCUACACAAGCUGCAAGUAUUAUUUUUUUCUGAAAGACGCAGCCUGCAAACCUGCCCUCCAAAUCUUACUGCUACAGGACUGGGAACAUUUCUGCAGUGCCAAACCGAAAGUCAAAGCACUUUUUUUCACGGAAGAAAAUCCGCACCUUCUUCCUGGUGCCCUUUGACAGGUUACUGCACUUGCACCCAUCUGUGCAGGCAUUUAAGAAAAGGUGUUUGUAGCUGUCAGGACGUUCACCUCCUGGUCCAGGGAACUGCAGCUCUGCCCUUGCAGCCAGCUCUGUGUGGGCAGAACUGCAUGCUGGCACAGAUCCCUCCUUCACUCUACGCACAUUUUUUGCAGAGGCGGAAGAAUUUGCCCAUGCAGUGCUCUUGGGACAACCUCAGGUACUGUAGGUCACGUGGUGAAUGUGUAAGGCUACCGCAUCUGUUUCCUUAUACAUGCCUCCUGCUGAAAAUGAUAUGUGGUAGAGCCGGAUCCACGCUCAGUGGGGAGUGUCCCGGUCUUUCUAUUAAAAUAGAACCCGGAGACAUCUUUUACAUUUGUGUCUCGCUUUGAUUGCUUGAAAGCCACUGUAAAUGGUUUGCCAAGGCUAAACUAGAGUUACUUACAGUGAGCUAAACAGUACAUCUGAUUUAGACAUUUUUCCAUGAGGAACUGGGUGUGUAAGGCAGAGAAGACAGGCGGAUUUUUCUCAUUUAAUCAAGACCUAGUGGGAAAACGUGCCCAAGUAAUCGUUCAGGCUGGGAGACUCAUUUCUUGUUUCAUUACUAAGAAAAGACUUAUGAAACCACUGAGAUGUUUGUAGGUUUCAGAGAUAAGGAAUUGAGUCUUUACAGUAGAUGCUGUGAAAAAUACAUUUGGGCUAUGAGGAGGGAGUUGAUAAAAAACAUGCCUUAUGCAAUACUCCUAUUUGAUGUGCUUUCAUGCAAAGAAAAGGUCAGUUUACUCGCAAGGUGGUAUUGAAUGCCUAUAUUAUGUAUGAAAAGUUUUUUUUUAGAGAGCAGUAAAAGUGGGAUGUAGACCGAGUGUGGUAAAAAACAUGGAGGAAAGACAGGGAAGAUAUUUUAUCACUUUGGGAUUAUUUAUUUUUAUUGUUUCUUUUCUUUUUAUUGAAGUUUGUGAGGACUGUCCAAGUGUCUCUUUUUACUUGCCCAUGUCUGAAGAGCGGGAUAAAUAUUUUCAGCAGGUAUAUGCCCCAUCCUGAAAAGUGUUUCAUAACAGUAAUAUUAUAUUAUUUAUUUUCUUCUGAUGUACAGAAACCUGAGUUCAUGCACUUAUUUUUGACAACUAAUGAUGAAAGAAAUAAUAUUAACCUGUUUGGUAGAAGAAAAAUCUUCUUUAAGUUUCCCAUUCAGAAAAUGGCUGCAUAUAUGGUGUUUGCAGGGAUAUAUCUAUCCAGGUGGUCAGAUGGGUGACCAAGGAGGUGUUUGCCUUUCCCUAGUGCGAACCCUGUGCCAGGGGAUGAGCAGCCCACCUCUGGGUUGAACUGCAUCUCUCCACCUCCCACCCCAACUUUGCAGAUGUGUUUGCCCUUGGAUUUAAAGCUCUGCUGUAGCACAUCUGCUUUUGCUGUUGCCUCCAGUAGGUGCGAUGGGUCAGACGGAUAAAGCCUGGCAACAGCAUUUUAAUCACGAUUCUUUCCAUGUAACCUGCAGAAAUGUCUUUUUGCCAUUCAUUGCUCUUGUACGCAAGGUGCGAGCUGGCUAUUGCUUUAAUUUAUGGAAAAAUAUUGAGCAUUAAGGAAUGCUUCCUGGCCUCUCCUAGUUCCCUGUCUUGUCAGGGGGAGGGUCUGAGAGCUGGGACAGCAUAGUGCAGCCUAAGUUCAUCCUGGCCUCUUCCUGUUUGCAGGGAAUUAAUCCUGCAGUCCCUUGUGGGUCUUGCUUCCACCUCUGUGCCUGGUGCCAACCUUAUCCCAGCUGGCAGGGCCAGUCCAACCAUGCAGUCCCAGGGAGCCUGUUAUCUCGGCAGAAUAGCUAUUCAUUUACAUAUGGAUCUGUUGACUUGAUCACCUCCACUAGGUGUUGAGAUCCAAGAAGUACGGUGGCACCUGGCUUCUGGGAUGGUACAGCUGCUGGGCUUCUGUCGGGUUGAGUUUGUGGCCAAAGGGUGAAGUCUCCCAUUAGGAGACAGUAUUUUGGGUUGCUUCCCUGAAUGAUGGCUGCUUGUGAGUGGCAUUAAAAUAUGUCUUACCUGAACAUUAGCAUUCCUAAUUACUUGAAUAUAGCUACUACCUGGGAAGAUGGUGCUAUUCUCUGUUAAUCACAUUUGUAGAUGUUACCACUAUAUUUUUGGGGCUAAAUUCAUAGCUACCGUGCCAUUGGGAAUAAGGUCUUUAGUCAUGUUUUAAGAAACCAUCCCAUUUUGGAUACUGUUUCCAGGGAGUCUAUUUGUAAUUUCAAGUGACCUAUGUAAGAUGCCUCUCUUCAGUACUGUGUUCAAAAUAUUUUGUUCUCACUGAAUAUAUGUUGUUAAGCAUCUAAUGGCCUGCUUAUCUGAAGCAUUUGGCUUAUCACUGCUAAAUCUCUGAUAAGGAGAAAAUGGGUACAGGUUGAAAUGUUAGGGAUUCAGACAGCCUGUUUCUCUCCUUUUUGCAAGUUAGCUUCCCAAGUGAACGCUUUAGGUUGCGGCACAUCAAAUAAUUAAUUAAAUAAAUAAUAAAAAACAACACAUAAAUAUUUCCUUUGUGCUCACAUAACUUAGAAACUGAUUUCAUAAUUCUCUCCAUUCAGUAGGCUACUUUGAAUAAGAAUAUAGAAAAUGAAUAAUUAAUUACGUAAAAUAUAAGAUUAUCCUGCUGGAAAAGGUCAUUUAAGAAAAGUAGACGAUUGUAUGUAAGGCAAAUUAAUUUAUUUAAACAAAGCCACUGUGCUAGUCAGUUUAUAUGUAUCAGCUAAAUGAAAUUAACUUUUGCAGCUUAGGCCUCAUGACUUUUAACACAAUCAAAACAGUAUUAGGAGCCCUUUUGCCAAAUUAUCUGUAUCUUCCUAUGAAAGACCGUCACAAAGAGAUCAGAAAUAUAACUAGAUCUGUAAAUACGAUACUGCACUGUAGAUAUACUUAUUUUUAAAACUUUGUAGAGGAUAAUAAAAGAAUUUAGGCAAUUUUGGAGCAGUUUAUCUGUAAAAGUAGUGCACUAUCCUAACAUUUUUAUGCUUUUGGGGUAAGAUGAUCAUUAAAUCAUUUUUUUAUGAAUGGCUUUGAAAAGUUACUCUGAAAAUUUACUCCAUUGCUUCUCAUUUAGUAGUAAGUAAUGUAAAAGUCAACAGAGCUAACAGUGUCUUAGAGGUGGUUAGGGCUGUGCAUUUCAGCAUACUCUGUUUCUUCCAACACAAGAUCAGUUUUUGAAUACAGAAAAAUGAAUAAAUUUUUCACAACUCUAACUCAUCAACUAACAUAUUCUUAGUUUUCAAAAAUGUCCAUGAUGGAUUUGGUAACACAUCUCAUCUAAUUCAGUAUUAUUGAGGAGGUAUAACCCUUCUAGGCACUUUUGAGAAUAUAGAGUAGAUUUUUGUAAUGAAACACUUGCCUUACGAAAAAGCCGAACGGAACACAAGGGCUAACUGUCUGUAAUGGAUCUGACAGGAAUACCGCUCUUCUUGGAUUUCUGCGGGUUACUAUAUAGUGUUAAGAUAAAAUGCGUGACAAUGUUUGCAUUAUUUGCGUAGAACAUGAGAACGUUGAGCUAACUAUUCAAUGUAUGAUAUUUUAGUAAAGUAUUUUGU